UGAAAGUGGGUUAGUGCGAGCAGAGGGGCUGGAAGAAGGAGAGCAGCAAUCGCUCCUUAAAGACAUUUAGUUUUAUCAGCUGCAAGGAGAACCUUGUGAAUAUUAUUGGCAAGAACUUGCGAAGAGAAGUUAGAAAAUCCAUUUGAGGAUUUGUGUUUUUUUCAGCUUUUCCUGUUAAGAGUGAAUAAAUGCCCGUCGUUCUCUGCGCUUUCUGGCUUCUUUUCCACUUGGAGUUACAUGCACCGGAGAGUUGAUUACACUUCACCGAAAAAAUGAGAGCUCAAAUAGAAGUUAUUCCCUGUAAAAUCUGCGGAGACAAAUCAUCAGGCAUUCACUAUGGUGUUAUCACCUGCGAAGGCUGCAAGGGUUUCUUUCGACGUAGCCAGCAAAACAACGCCAUGUAUUCCUGUUCAAGACAAAGAAACUGCCUGAUUGACCGGACCAACCGUAACCGCUGUCAGCACUGCCGGCUGCAGAAGUGUCUUGCUCUUGGCAUGAGUCGCGAUGCUGUGAAAUUUGGUCGCAUGUCCAAAAAGCAAAGGGACAGCCUGUAUGCAGAGGUCCAGAAACACCAGCAGUCACAAGAGAGCUCGGGGGUUGGUGCCCGAGAAGAGCAUGGCGACCUGGCAGAACAUGGCCGCACCUACAGAAGAGGCUCCAGUGCCACUCUGAGUGACCUGGAUGACAUCACAACCCUGCCGGAGGGUCUGCUUUUUGACCUGCCGCUGACCCCGGAGGACGCAGGUGGAGAUUACUGCAACCUGGAAAUGCUUGGAGGAAGCGCAGGGAGCAGCUCUUCCUCUCAGAGCUCUCCAGAGCAGAGCAGCUUGGACUUUGUUGAUGGCAACCACAGCAUCAAACAUGAGUACCAACUGUUGCAUGAUUCAGGACUCUUCUCUCAUGCCAUCCUCAACCCUCUGCCACAGGGCUGCUCCCUGCUGGAAAUAGAGCGUAUAAUCCAGAGUGUGGUGAAGUCCCAUGUUGAAACAAGCCAGUACAGCACAGAGGAGCUGAAGAGAAUGGCGUGGAACAUCUAUAACCCAGAAGAGACACGCUCAUACCAGACUAAGUCAGCAGAAGUGAUGUGGCAGCAAUGCGCGGUUCAAAUUACCAACGCAAUCCAGUAUGUGGUGGAGUUUGCAAAGCGCAUCUCUGGCUUCAUGGACCUCUGUCAGAAUGAUCAGAUUAUUCUCCUUAAAGCAGGCUGCAUGGAUGUUCUCCUGAUCCGUAUGUGCCGAGCCUACAACCCCAUCAAUAAUACAAUGCUCUUUGAUGGAAAGUUUGCAAGUGCUCAGCUUUUUAAAGCUCUGGGCUGUGAUGACCUUGUGAAUGCUGUGUUUGACUUAGCGAAAACGCUGAGUCGUAUCCAGAUGUCAGAGGAUGAGAUGGCUCUGUUCAGCGCCGCUGUCCUGCUGUCACCAGACCGACCUUGGCUCACAGAUGUCCAGAAGAUCCAUAAACUGCAGGAAAAAGUUUAUGUGGGUCUGCAGCGUUGCUUGCAAAAAGAAGGAGCAUCUGAGGAGAAGCUAGCCAAGAUGGUGUCGAAACUUCCCAUGAUGAGGUCCAUAUGUAACCUCCACGUAGAUAAGCUGGAGUUUUUCCGCCUGGUUCAUCCUGAGACAGCGUAUGCUUUCCCUCCUUUGUACAGGGAAGUUUUUGGGAGUGAAAUAACCUUCCCGGACUCCACCGAGGGCUAGUUUAGCCCUUUGACUAAAUGCAGUGAUUAACAUAGCAACACUGAGGUGUAUUUAGAGGAAGAUGAAAUUGUGGUAACUGUCAUAAGGCUAAACCAACAAGCCCGGUGACAAUCCUGCACGUUACACUUUAGCACACACUCCUCUCUCCUCUAAAGUCCAAAUCCCGUGGAGUAGCUUUCACCGCCCUGCAGGCUAACCCUUUUAACUUGACACGAUGGGAUCUACUGCUGGGUUGUCAGUGCACGUUACCUCCUUUGUAAAGAAGCAAAGAAACCAUUGAAGAGUGGCCUACAUUGUUUAUAUUCUCAAAAAUAUUUUUCUAUAAGGCACCUGAAACUGCUUGUUGAGUUGAAUUCCUUAUAUGGCAUGGAUUUUGUUAUUUUCACAGCUCCUGUGAGCGAUUGUUGAAUGUACCCCACUCUUCCUGUAACCAUCCAUGAUAUGCUAGAAUGUACAAACCCGCAGUAGUCCUUACCCACGUCGGGAGUUUUGCAGCAAUGAAGCCUGCUCCAGUCUCAUGCAGAAACAGUUGUUUCAUUGCGUACACCCUGUAGCACCCAUACAUUACUGUGUUUGUAACAUGAACAAGCUAAAGGGACCACGAUCAACCUCUGAAGCAGAAAGUUGGCUUUUGUUUGUUUUGUAAAUCAAGUUUGAACCCAAAAACACAUUAGAGCACAAAAACAUAGCACUUAUGCUAGAAACUGAUUCGUUGUCUGUUUGAGCACGACGUUAGAUGUCAGUGAACUGUGAGUUGUUGCUUUUUUUUAUGUGAUCAAUGACCUCAGUCCAAAUUCCUUUUCCCUUUUUUUUUUUUUCCAAAUGCCACUUAGAAAGUGAGAUUAUUACAGUGGUAUUUUGAAAGUAUUUUCAGAUGUACUUCUUUUAUAUAUAAAAUAUAUUUAUAUAAAGAACCAUCUAAAAAAAGAAAGCAGAGUUUAUAUAAUGCAAAGAAUUUGAAGUCAUGUUCUUUUGCUCUGGUCGUUUUGUCCACUGUUUGAAUUUCUCAGAAAAGUACGAUCAUACCAGAAACGCGAUAAAAAGAAUGUGGUUAUUUAGCACUUAAAAGUCGUUCUUGGGAUCCCGAUAAACCACACUAGCACAAGUAACAAGUUGCAUGUUAUUAAUUGUCUGAGCAGAGCUGACUUCGGUUAGAGAUGUCCACCAGUGCUACAUCUCAACCCUCUAUUUUUUAACAAGCUAAAACUCAACCAAGCAGAGUCUCAACCAAAAUCUUCAAAGGCUGUGAAUGAAUGCACAAAGCUGAAAAGAUGAUAAACGAUAAAUGAAGGGACAAAGAUGGAUAAGGUGGUCAAGAGUACAGUGGUGAUGAUUAAGCUCCCUAUGGCCUCUUUGCUUUGGGGUCAAGCCAAUUCAAUGUUUUGAUCCGAGAACGAUAGCUUGUAUUCCUUAUUUUCAGCUCCCUUACUACCUCAGCUUCCCAAAAACACUAGAUGGCAGAGAACAGGGUUGACAGAGCCAUCAGCUACCCCCCUGAGUUUAUAUCUAUGUGUUUGCACAUAGAGAGAGCCUCAAAAACAGUAAAAUAAUGCUUUUAAAACUGGAUGAAAAGUAAAUAAAACUUUAUUUUUUUUGUGCUAAAGACAUCGCUCUGACUGCUGGUUUGUUUAUUUCAGAGCUCUAUAUGCCUUUAGUUCCAGGAAGCCUUGAACAUACACAGAUCUAUCUCUUGUUAGAUCUCUAGAGAUGCCUGCAGGAAUCAUGAAAACUUCAUUUGAAGUAGACGGCUGUAUUAGAUUUCUGUCAAACAAUAAACCUUGUUGUACCAGCGGCUCAAAGAGGCUGUGAGAAAUUCAAUUAAAUUACUAUAUUCGGAGUCCUAAGACAAUCACAUGACAGAUGUUGGAUGUUGUCUCUCUUUCAGAGUAAUUUUUAAGCCAAGUUGGCUUAGCACUGCUGGGACAGUGCUGUUCACCGUUCAUUGUUUCAUGCAGCCCGGGGUGGGGGGGGGUCUCUCUUGUUUUGGUACUAAACAUUCUGGGAUUGUGCAAUAAUGUCCUUCCCAUUGUUCUCGGUAUGUCGAGCCUUACCAGCCGUCUAUUACAGUUCAUGUUUUUUCUAGCACUCCAGCGUAAUAACCUCACAGCACCAUGAAUAAUUGUUUUUAUAGCAUAAAGUACCAAAAACUUAACUUUGCAGAUCAGAUGAUCCAGUUGCAUGGCAUUUACAGAUUGUAAACAAAGUACAUUGCUUUGUGUUUGAGUCCUGAGAAUGUUAAAUGUUAGCUCAUAAAGAAUUAUGUGUAUGUUGAAACAGUCCAGAGGGCAGGACCUAUGAUCUGCACUUUCAUGUCCCUUUAGACUCACUCAGGGAGAUAGCUGGGCUCUCUGUCCUACAGCGUCUGCAAUUAGUCGAGCUAGCAGGAGACCUUGCACCAACAUAAAAGACCUUUAAACCUUGAUCACUGUGUACAGUACAUGUUCUUGUGAAUGUUUGAUUACAGAAGUAUCACAGAAUUUUAGCCCCAUGUCUGAUAUCAUUGUUGCAAGACUUCUUUGUUGAAAACAUAGAUUAAGUAGGAGAUGAAUAAAAAA